GUUUUUCUUCCUGUUUAGAGUUAUGUGCAAGUCUUGUUAGCUUUUCUCUUGUUGAUUUUUGUAAGAUAAUUAAACAAGUUUGAACCGAAACUGAAGUGCAGCAGGGGGGGUCCAAGUUAAGAAGUAGGUGUGGCACAGGCCCCACACUGUUUUUUUUUUUAAUUCUUUAGUAAUUAAUCGAAAUUUAUUUAUAAUUUUUUAAUUUAUAUACAAAUUAAACCUUGUGCGGUUGUGCCCCAUACUAAAUAAUGUUCUCGGUCUGCCCCUUAUAUUUAACACAUGCCGCGCAACAUACCACACCUUUUAAACGUGGUUCCAGAAAGUAGGUGAGAAUGGUAACAAACAAAAAUAAGUGUUAGGUGACGUUCAGCCACGUGAAACUGAUUCAGAUUAUUACAUGGGUUGCUGUUUUACGUUUUCAUUUCACAAGGAAAAAGCGUCUACAAAACAUAGAAGUUUUUAUAAGAGCCUGAGAAGAGAUGUUUUUUUUCUGAAAAUUAACUGAAAGGGAUGUUAGUUUGGAUACUAUAACUAUAUUAGAUAUUCUUUCACAUUUGUUCCCAGCUAUUAAUUUUUUUAAGAACAGAUAAACAAACUGCUUAGUAGUACUAGUGUGUACAUAUUGGACCGUAUGUUAAAAAAAAGAAGAGAAUUUUAAAUACACUUUUGAGUUAAAUAAUAGCAUAUUGAGAAUUAAUACACUAGAUUAAGUAAAUUUUAAAAAAUUCUUUAGCUGUGUCAAAAAAAUAUUAGCUAUGAAAUAUAUAUGUACACACUAGUUUAUUAGUUUUUUUUUGCAACUUAAUGUUAUACAGCCUAUACUAUUAUCCCGUUAAAUUUUGUACUAUAAGCUUGCAUGUUCUUAGACAAAAACAAAACUUUAAACCCCCAAUAUUUAGAUAUUUGUCGACAAAAAAAUAAACUCCUCCAAAAUUUAUCUUACUCUUUUUUGAGUUCAACGGAGUGAUAAUUAUUAUCAAGUAUGCAUGGCUAAACAAGCCACCCAUGCAGCUGUAGUAGCAUAAAGAAAAGACGCAGAUUAUUAAUGCCACGCUAUAAUCUAAUACCAAACCAUUGUAUAACGAUCACACUUUAUAUAAGCUUUAAGCAAAGCUGCAAAAGAAAAAGCCCAGUUACGUACUAGUAUUAUUUAAAAGUUUUCAAUACAAACAAUAUAACUUUUUAACAAAGAUUGUGGAUUCAUUCUCAUUUUGUUGGGCACAUGCCGCACAUCCUCUAUAAAUUACGAUAACUUGCUUCUCAGUAAGCUAGCUUAACCAAAUAGCAACAAUAAUGGCGGACGAGGUGAUUCUUCUGGGUUAUUGGCCGAGUACGUUCGGAGUGAGGACGAGGAUUGCUCUUGAAGAGAAAGACAUUAAAUUCGGCUACAGAGAACAAGAUCUGUUUAAUAAAAGCGCCUUGCUCCUCGAGAUGAACCCGGUUCAUAAGAAAAUACCGGUUCUCAUCCACAAUGGCAAACCAGUAUGUGAAUCUCUUAUCCAGGUCGAGUACAUCGACGAGACUUGGGCAGGUAAAAACCCACUCCUUCCUUCUGAUCCUUACCAAAGAGCUCAGGCUAAGUUUUGGGGAGACUUCAUUGACAAAAUGGUGCCCGGGGUAGUGAGGUUGAUGUGGGGAGCGAAAGGGGAGGAGCAAGAGGCGGGGAAGAAGGAGUUCGUAGAGAUGCUCAAGACCGUAGAGUCGGAGCUUGGAGACAAGACUUACUUCGGAGGCGAAGCAUUCGGUUAUGUGGACAUAGCUCUGAUUGGAUACUACUGCUGGUUCGACGCUUUUGAGAAGUAUGGGAAUUUUAGCAUCAAAGCAGAGUGUCCUAAAAUUAUUGCUUGGGCUAAAAGGUGUAUGAAGAGAGACAGUGUGGCUAAGUCUCUUCCUGAUUCAGAGAAGGUCACUGAGCUCGUUCCUGAGCUAAAGAAAAAAAUGGGUAUCGAGUAGAUCAAUUAUAAUAUCAUUUAUGUUCUGUCUUUUUCUUUUCUUUUCAGUUUUUGUUUUGUUCCAGCUUUGUUUGAAAUCAUUAUAAUAAUACAAACAUCCUCCAGUUGUUUCACUAUGAGAAAUGCUUUAAUGGUUCUUCA